AUGUUAACCAAGCUUGUAAAGGAACAUCAAGGUCAUGUCAACAAGAUCAAAGAUGAGAAUGAGACAUUGAGAAAAGAAGCAAUUACAUCUAUAGGAGCAGUAACGAAUGGAUUAAUGGAUAGUGUUAAUCAGGGAGUGGCAUGCGUGUUUGCUAAUCAGAAGAAGUUGGAGACAGAGGCAAGGACAUUGCAGGUGAAUACGGCAAAGUUCUCAAAGCAGACGAAUCAAUGGCUGUCACUGAUCGAUCACUUCAACACAGCACUCAAGGAGAUUGGCGACGUCGAGAACUGGUCCAGAUCAAUCGAGAACGAUAUGCAAAACAUCACCAAUAUACUUGACUACCUCUAUGCCAAUACACAGCCACCAGCGCUCAUCGCCGCCCAGCAACAACAGCAACUACAACCAGGUGUCGCUCAGCCACCACAAUCAAGCGCAGCAGUACCCGUACCUGGUAGCAAGUGA